GGGGCGCUGGGCGGAGCACGACUCCCCAUUAACUCAAAUAGCGGCGGGUGGUCGUGGGGCGGAAAGUAGGCGGGAUUAGGGGGCCGCUGUCCAGUCGCGCUACGGGAUUUGUGACAUUGACCGGGAAAAAAACGAAUCAAAAUACGGGAAGGACAAAACAGCAGAGAUGGCGGUACGGGAUGACAGCCACACUCUUAUUGCCCAGGAGAAGCAAUUAAUGGCAAAAGAAACCAAUCAAGCUCUUGGGCACAGAUUUGAAGGCGGGGAUUGCGGCUGCCGCCCACUCACGGCCUCUGUUUUGGUAGGAGCGAGCGGAUCCGCGCGCAGCCAAUGGGAUCGAGCCGCGGCGCUGCCGGAAGUGACGCGGGCCGGGCCCGGAGCGGGGCCGCGUUCGGGAGCGCGCCCCGCCAUGGAGGCCUGGGUGCGCUUCAGCGCCCAGAGCCAGGCCCGGGAGCGCCUCCUCAGGGCCGCCCAGUACGCCUGUGCCUUGGCUGGGGCCGCGCUGAGCCGCGCCGGGAACGGCUCCGGGGGCAGCGCCGGGACCCUGAGCCGCCUCCAGCACCUGGAGGCUCAUCUGAGCCUGGGCCGCAAGCUGCUGCGCUUGGGGGGCUCGGCCGAGGCCCUGGCAGGGGCCCAGCGCUCGCUGCAUCUCCCUGACCCUGUCCUGCGCUUCUGCCUCACCCUGUCCCACCUGAACCGUGCCCUCUUCCUGGCCUGUGACAACGUCUUGUGGGCCGGGAAAACCGGGAUCCUGCCUGGCCUUGCCAUGGACAAGUGGAGCCAGAGGUCCUUCAGGUAUUACCUGUUUGCUCUGGUGGUGAACCUGAGCCGGGAUGCCUACGAGGUCCGGGUGCUGCUGGAGCGCGCGGAGGCGGCCAGAAAGCGUGGGAAGAGCCCGGAGAACAGGCCUCAGCUGCAGGCUGAUGGCAGGAUCCAGCGUCUCCGGCUCCAGCUGCAGCUCCAGCUGCAGCUCCUGCUCCAGGUGCUCCGGGACAACCCCCCACUCCUGCUGGACCUGCUGCGGAAUGCCUGCGACCUGGUGAUCCCGCUGGAACGGCUGGGACUGUGCCGGAGCAGCCCAGGAAUCGUGGGGUUCUGUGGCCUCACCUCCUCCGUGCUCUCCAUCCUCACCAUCCUCCACCCCUGGCUCAAACUGAAGCCAUAGUUAUCCCAGGGGCGCCCUUGGGAUGUUUGGGAAUCCUGGGGGCUUAUCCCAGGAGCUGUGACACCUCUGGAGAUGACUGGCUCAUUCCAUUCCCAUCAUUCCUGACUCCUUGGAGCCACAAGGUCCCAGCACUGGAUACAGUGUUGGAUCCCACAGGGGCAUCAGCACCCAAAAUGCGUUUCUUCCCAUUGACUUUUCCAGCAGUUUUAGAGGUUCAACAUUCCCUCUUUCUGUCCAGGAAGCACCUCUAACAUGGAACCAACUAAUGGGGAAUAAUUGGGGCUGGAAAAUGUGGAUUGCCGGGGUCUUCUCAUGUUUUUUUUUUUUUUUUUGGGGGGGUGAAGCCAUGGGGUUGGAAUGAUCCUGGUGCCAGAUACUGUAUCCAGCCCCAAAUUGUUCAGACAGUUUUCCUGCCUUGUAAGAAGUCUGACUGCAGGGAGAGGGGAGUGGGAAGAAUGGGUGUCAGGGAUAAAUCCGUGGCUUUGGGGGGAAAUUCAGGCAGCAAUUUGCCCUCCUGAAGCUUCCACGAAAGCCCAGGGGAAGGAAGUGGCCAGAGCAAGCUGCACCAGGCUUGGAUCACUCCUAGCAUUCCCCAGUGAAUUUCCCUCUGCUGGAGAGCACAGAGGGGACUCCUGUGUGAGUGGACUCCUGUUCCUGUGCUUCCCAGCACAUCCAGCACAUCCAGCUCCCUUUUUCUGCCCAGAGCUGCAGAGAUCCACCUCGGCUGCACUUCCCUUCCCAGGUACCCUGCUCAGUGGUGUUUUUUGGGAGAAAUCAGUGUGGCUGGUUCUCUGCUGGGAUUCCUUGCACCUGGUGUUCCUGGUGCUAAUGCCUCACUGUGUUCCCUUUUUCCCUGGAUUCUGUUACACUGUAUUCCGCGUGUGGUCCCAACCCAGGUCUGAUGUCUAUUACUAAGCCCUGGACCAAGGGACACGCUGGGAGCUGGGAAUUAUUUAAUUCCAGAGGUAGAUUGCCCUUGGAUCUGUCCCUGGGAAAGCAGGAAUAUCUUCUUGAAGGUUUUUUGGGAGCUCCAUACUGAAACACCACCCACUCCUGGGCCCAUCUGGGCUGUGCCAAAAGCUUUUUCCUGGGAAAACUAGGCAUGGAAGGCUUUGGAACAGUGUAUAUCCUAGUGGGAAUUGGGAUGGGUGGGAAGGGCUCCAGGGGAUCCCACAAUGUCAAUGUAAUUAAUUAAUUAAUUAAUUAAAUUAUUAAAGUGCA